AUGCCGCUGUUGUUUGCAUCGGAUGAUAUACGGGUCGUGCCAUUGGGGGCCGGACAGGAUGUGGGGCGUUCCUGCGUUUUGGUGACCAUGGGGGGUCGGACAAUUAUGUUUGACUGCGGCAUGCACAUGGGCUACAACGAUGCGCGGCGUUUUCCCGACUUUACGCAAGUGGCGCAAGGCCCGCUGACGGAUCACAUUGACUUGGCCAUCAUUACCCACUUCCACCUUGACCACUGCGGCGCCUUGCCCUACUUUACAGAGCAGGUGGGCUACGAUGGUCCCCUGUACAUGACCAUGCCCACGCGCGCCAUUGCCCAGGUCCUGCUGGAAGAUUAUCGCAAGAUUGCCGUCUCUCGGCAGGGAGAGAAAAACUUUUUCACCCGCGACGACAUCAAGACGUGUCUCAACAAGGCCACCACCAUCGACCUUCACCAGACAGUUGUCAUUGACCAGGACUUUGAGAUCAAGGCCUACUACGCGGGCCACGUUCUUGGGGCCGCCAUGUUUUAUGUUCGCGUCGGCAAUCAGAGCGUGGUCUACACGGGCGACUACAACAUGAGCCCGGAUCGGCACCUUGGUGCCGCCUGGAUCGACCGCUGUGAACCAGACGUCAUCAUUUCAGAGUCCACUUAUGCCACCACCAUUCGCGACAGCCGCCGCGCCCGCGAGCACGACUUGCUCACCAAGAUUACCCAGUGUGUACAGCGGGGCGGCAAGGUCCUGCUUCCCGUCUUUGCCCUUGGCCGCGCGCAAGAGCUGUGCAUUCUGCUCGAGACCCAUUGGCAACGCACGGGCAUGCGAGUACCCAUCUACUUCUCCACGGGUCUAACAGCCCGUGCCAACGAAUAUUACAAGCUCUUCAUUACCUGGACCAACCAGAAGCUCAAGGAAACCUUUGUGGAACGCAACCUUUUCGACUUUCAGCACGUUCAGCCCUUUGACCGCAGCUACCUCGAGCAUGCUGGGCCUCAGGUGCUGUUUGCAACCCCGGGCAUGCUGCAUGCUGGCACAUCGCUCUUGGCCUUUACCCACUGGUGCGAGGACCCACGCAACAUGGUCAUUCUGCCCGGUUACUGCACGGCGGGCACUGUCGGCGCCAAAAUCAUUGCCGGCAUUCGCGAACUCGACAUUGAGGGCCGCCACUACACUGUACGCAUGGACGUCGAAUACCUCUCUUUUUCUGCCCACGCCGAUGCCAAGGGCAUCAUGCAACUCGUCUCCCAAUCGGGCGCAAAGCAGGUGGUGCUCGUACACGGCGAGCAACAAAAAAUGGCCUUUUUGGCUGGCCGCAUCCAGCAGGAGCUUGGCUUGCCCUGCCACUUUCCCCCCAACGGUCACUGCCUCACGCUUUCCACCAACAACCCCGUCCCAAUCCUGGUCUCCGAUGCCUUCCUCCCCGUGGCCAAGGACGAAGUCGCAAAGGCCGAGCCCAGCUUUUCCCCCGCGCCGGGACCCAAGGCAGAACUGCUGGCGGAGGAUGUCGAGACGAAGCCCAACCCAUCACACCUGCUGGCAACUCCAAGCAAGCCGCCUAUGGCUCUGGACGGCCAUCUUGGGCUAGGUGCUGCUCCUGUGCCCAUUGAAGGUGUGCUGGUGCGCCAGAGCAAUGGUAAACUGCGCCUGGUCACCUUCUCCGAGGCGCAGCGCGAUCACAAUCUGCAACCACACGAGAUCAAGACUGUAUGCGUGAUUGCACUACCUAGCGGGGCCUCCACCAGCUUGGUACAUCGCCAUAUCCUCCAGCGCAGCCAGGCAGCAGGUUUGGCCGUGCUCGACUCGGGGCCAACAACCCUCAAGGUUGGCUUGGUGGACGUUUCUAUCGAGCCCAAUGAGGUGCGGCUGGCCUACAAGAGUGGCAGCGGCGUGCGAGAUGCGGCCCGUCUUCAGGACAUUGUUGGCAGUCUGCCUGACAUGGCCGAGGCCUCGCGUGACUCAUUGUCCAAGCCCCGUCAAACGCCUUUGGCAGCGGCUGAGGCCAGUACAGCAGAGAGUCGGCCGCCCAUGGACACUGAGGAUGACGAUGAGGACGAUGUCAAUGAUGACGACGACGAGGAGGAGGAGGAGGAUAGUGACGAUGGCAGCGGUGAUGAUACAGAGGAAGAGGAGGCUGAUGACCAUGACCAGAGCGACAAUGACGACGACGACGACGACGACGACUCAAGCGACCGUCUCAGCAGCAGUCAAGACGAAUAGACGCUUCUAUAGGCUGAUCAAACCUCGACGAUGGUUCGAACCGUUUUUGUUCUCUUCUUGUCAUCGCAUGGUUCACAUUGAACCCCUCGUCUUGUGCUGCUGUCUGCUGGCCUUUGCAUGCCGUGCGUGCCUGCCGUCCUCGUCCAUGUACAACCUAGUGCCUUAUCUUUUUAUCUUUCACAAUCUAAUCGACGACCAGAAAAUC